GGGGUGCACCCAAAAAUGCAGUGGAGUCACAACACGUGCCGCAUUUGUGGCCAAAUCAGCGACACGUGCCACCUCAUUUGGGCCAAGAGCCCCAACGAUAUUGAGAAUAAAAUAAAAAAAUGUCUAAAGUUGGAGCUUUUCAAGGAUGAUUUCAAACCGAAACAGUUGUGUAACCCUUGUUUGUUAAAACUGGACGAUUUUUAUCAAUUCCUAAUGAUAUGUCACGCCACUGACCAGAAAUUCGAGUCGAUUUUAAUGAACCGGCAAGAGUGGGGCCCUGAGACAAUCCUCGACUACACGCAGCAAAAAAUGAGCGUGAUCGUGUCAAAUAAGGGGGGCUUGGAGCACCUCGAGUGCAACGAAAUCGAUUUAUACAAGGAGUCAGUUUUGCCCCUGGAGACGUGCCCCGAAAUGUUGGAUAUUGUGGAAAACGCGAACUACAUGCCGGAGAAUCUCGAUUAUUUGAACCCCAAUUACGGGAUGAAGAAGUUUCAUGAUUUCUACCAAGAGCCGGGCGUUUUGAGGCACUCCUCAAACUACCCCCAGGAGGCUGCGAUCAAUUACAGUUGCCAACAAGAGACGUUCCCCGACCUCAGUUACCCCAAUGUGGGGCUGGACUACUCGAACUACGCCCCCCAGCCGAAUUUCGCCGAGGCGAAAGCCGAGCCAUCACGCAAGCCCCCUGCGAGUCAAAAGACCUUCCCGUGCCCCCAUUGCGAGAAAAAAUUCAAACGCAGGGUCACACUCAACGCCCACAUAGCCAUACACACCAAAAUACGCCCUUAUAUCUGUGAUAUUUGCAAAAAAUCGUACGCAAUUAAAUGCGACUUAACAAACCAUCUUAAAAUUCACGCCGGUCGUAAUAAAUGCAAAUAUUGCUCGAGCGCGUUCCCGGCCCCCAGCAAGUUGCAAAGGCACUUGCGGACGCACACGAAAGAUCGGCCGUUUGUCUGCGAUUUUAAAAAUUGCGGCAAGUCGUUCUCGGAUAAGAGGAACUUGGACGGGCAUAAAGCCCUGCAUUCGAACGAGUUUAAUUUCAAGUGCCAGGAGUGUGGAAGAGCCUUCCGGACGAAAAAUCGGCUCAAACAGCAUGAGAAGGCGCACACGGUGGCUACGCCCUACGUGUGCGAGAUUUGCUCUAAGGCGUACAAGUACAAGUCGACUCUUAUUUUUCACUUGAAGAAACACAACGGCUAUUUUUGUCCCUACUGUGAGAAGGACUGCGAAAAGGCGGUCAAGUUGUUGAGGCACAAGAAAGUGUGCGCCGUCGCCCGAAAUAAAAAUUAAUUUAACGCUU